GUAGCGGAAGUGCUCGCAGGGUGCUCUCCCAUUCGGUACACAAAGGGAGCUGACUGUCACAGGACGUAACUCCUUGACGAUAGGAAAACUCCAUCGGUUCUGUCCACAGACUGACACGGUUGCCUUCCUUCUUUGGCAAAGACUGAGAAUCAAGUGCUAGUGUUCCUUCCAUAAGUGUUGGACAUCUGUAAUCGAGAUAUUUCCUCGAGAAAUAAUGUCUGAAAGAUACGUGGAUCACGUCUUAACAAAAAUAAACCGACGAAACCGAAAGUUUGGAGAUGAAUGGCCGUCAAGCGAUUCAGAGGAUCCUGAUUAUUCUCCUGACCAGAGCAGCAAGAACACUCAUGACUCGGAAUCUGGGGGUUCCACAGAUGUUGAAGAAGACAAGUGUCAUAGCGUAAAAGUAACCUUAAAAAGAAAGAGAACUUCAACAGCUCGUACUUCAUCCCACAUGAAAGAUUUGGACCAUGGCAGCAACACAGACCUCCACAGAACUGCAGGAACUUUGUUGUCUCAUGUAAAGAAUAAUAAGUGCCAUAAAAAGUCUGCCAAAAGAGGGAAAAUAGCAAAUCCCAACAAAACAAAAAAGUCUACAUUUAGCACAGGUUGUAGUACUCAUAGUGACAACACAUCUAGUGUGGAGUGUCCCCAUCUGCCACCAGAACUCUGGCUGAAAGUUUUCCAAUCUGUGGUCAGAAAUGCUGGGCCCUUACCAUUUCUUUGCAGAGCUGCAAAAGUCUGUAGGUCGUGGCAUCAAUUGUGCUCCCACCCCUCCCUCUGGUAUAUUGUUGACUUGUCCUAUGGAUGGAUCAAAAGCACAGAUGCUACACUAUUAUGGCUUAGCCAGCAUAGACUUGCCCACUGCAGAGAGAUCAGUUUGGCUGGCUGGAAGAAACUGACCAACAGUGCUUUUGUGGAAUUUUGCCAGAACUCUCCAGACCUGUGCUCUGUCAACCUAUCCAUGUGUGGAAAACUGACAUCAUUGGCAGUUACUGCCCUUGCUCGCAACUGUUCCCAUUUAAAAGAUCUUGAUCUCUCCUCUGUGUCGGCAGAUGCUGUAUCAGCACAAGCCUUGAAACAAAUCACAGAGAAGCUGGGACCAUCCUUAAAGUCUCUUGUCCUGUCAGGAAACUGUUUCAAAGGUUUUAACAGUGUUCUGAAUUCACUGAUGGAUCAUUGUGUAUGCCUGGAGAGGCUGGAUCUAUCAAACUGCAUUUUCUCAACUGGCGCAUUGACACUCAACAUCGAGCGUUUGCAAACUAGCUGUCCUUCACUUCAGAUUUUGCAGCUCACUGGCUGUCAGGUGUGGGCCCCACAAGUCUCACAGCAAGUCCAGGAAAAGGCACCAGGCUUUACAAAACUCAUGCAGCUGGGCUGUAGUCUUUCUGCCAAUGACAUUUUCAAACGAUUGCUGCACAAUGCCAAGCAGCUGAAGACACUGGAUGUGAGGCGCUCUGUGAGCAUCUUGCCUAAGACGCUGUUGGAAUGUGCAGCGUGUGAUGUCGAGGAGCUUUUUCUGUCUGAAAGUAGCAUCAUCAACUAUCCUGAGAUGCUAGAACAUCUGUUUAUAAAGUGGAGACAUUCUUUGCGAAGUUUGGACCUUGGUGGCACUAUUUCACCAGAAGAGCAUCUUUUGGCAGCUAUUUCAGUCCUAGCAGAAUUUCCAGCAUCUCCCUUGGAAUACCUAGAUUUUGCAGGUUCAAGUGUCACUGUGCCAGUAGUCAGACUUGCUCUGCAAAAACUGAAACACUUGGAAACACUUGACCUCACUAUGUGCCGUGCCAUGCCUCGAGGGACCAAGUGCCUUCAUCAGGGACGCAACAUUCUCAAUAAAUUACUGAAAAAUCUCCAAAUGGCAGCAUGAACAUUAAACUGAUUUUGCAAAUGGCUGGUGUUCUGUCUGCACUGGCUUGCUAUACCAAGCUCAUGAAACUAGUGAAUUGUGUGCCUUUACUCGAUGUCAUGUAGGUAAUCAAGAAAACAUAUAUUUACAUGCACGAAUGUCGGUGCCUUUGAGCUAUUCACAUAUACAAAGGCAAUUUGUAAUAAGCUUUGAACCUGACAGGAAACUGGCACUUUUUAUGUAUUGUGUAGGUCUAUGUAUUGAAGAACAGCAUUCCACUUGGGUUAAUUGCAGGAAGAUUUUGUUGGUUUUACAGAAUAAUACUCUAUGUAGCUGAUGAACAUGAUUACUGUCUUAAAAACGACGAUUUGUGAGGACAAACUAAAGACAUCCUGCUUGUUUGAAGCUAUGAGUGUAAAAUGUUGGUGUGCUUGUCUAUGGCUAUUAGAAUGGUCAGAUUUAUUGUUACUUCACCAUAUGAAUGUCAACACUAGUACAAAUCUUCUGGAUGAAGAAUCUUGUCAGCUAUCAGCUAAUAUUUAGCCAGCCAUGGCCAGUUAGCUGUCCCAAAACUUUGUUCUGCUUUAAUUCGUCUGCUUAAUUAAUCUUACACAGAUGCCAAUUUUAACUAUGCCUAAGUAUUUGCUACCUACCAAUGGUUAAAAUGGCAGCUAUUCUGGUCAAGAACUAUGUGCUAUUCUUAUAAAGGAACUACUGCAUUGAAAAGUAGGAAUCAAUUUUUCCUAAUGUUACAUAUCUUGAAAUUUGAUGCCACAGUUAAUACUAUUAGUAAACUGAUGAUUCUGCAAUAAAGCAUGUCUGUGUUCUACACAUGAAAUUCCAGAGGUAUAUAAAGCAGAUAAAAAUUCUUCAGAA